AUGGUGGACAGGGACACGUUUGGGCGAGAACUUUGGUGCCCAGUAACAGAAAGGCGAACCAUCUACGUGGUCACGUCGACCUACCUGCGUACCAACCAGGUAGCAGAGAUGGUCCAGCUGGCCCAGACCUUGAUGCUCGUGCCAGACGUGUACUGGAUAGUGACUGAGGACACCCGCUUGGAUAACGAGUUCCUCCUGCUCGACGGGGAUUCCGUUCACGUACCUGAAGAGAUGCACCCGGUCGUCGCGCCGCCCUGGCUUGGAUCCGCAAGAACGCCAAGAUGGGGUGGUUCUACUUUUGCUGCUGAUGGUAAUAUUCGCUCAACGAGAGGCGUGUCUGUCUUCCCCGUUGGCUUAGCGAAGGACCUGCAGCUGUCGACGCCCGUGGUGAAGGAAGGGCGGUUCUCCGGCUGGUACGAUGACUUCGAGGGCGACUUGCAGUUCCCCGUCGAGUUUGCCGGGUUUGCCUUCUCGGUGGAGCUGCUGUUGAAAGUCUUCCACGACCUCAUGCCAACGUACCCUGGACGUAUGACCUCCAGGAAGAGGGUCUUCUCAGGGGUUUAG